AUGGAUGUUUACUCCGUGAUCGACAAAAACAAUCGGUCUGGCGCCCAGCAGCUUUUAUUCUUACGAAACCCUGUCAUUUGCGGUAUUUUGGUCUUCUUCCUCAAGGUCCGCAUGCAGAUUAUUGGGCAAUUUCUUCUGUCGCAUUCCCUUGGCCAGCCAGACAUGGAGCUUUUCCUCAAAAUCCACGGAGAGAGUAACAUCUUUUCCUUGAACCGACUUGAGCUGGUUACGGGCAUAUUAUCCGCCACCAGGUUUGCCAAAGAUUCUCGGAAGAAGCAAGGAGACUUCCACAAGCCGGACGGCGUAGGCGGCGCCAGGCGUCUAAAGCCUACUGCCACCAAGGCCGUCAAUCUCGUCCGCACCCGAUAUUUGCAACACACCCCGGGAAAUACCCCCAUCCGCAGCAUUCAAGCCGAUGAGGUCGGCAAAUUUUUCGAAGAGCUGUCUAAAGAGUCCACAAUAACAGCCGUCUCCAAAACGGCCAGUACAAAUGGCCCUAUCGCCCAAACACGGGCCUUUCUCGAUCGCAAGUGGCGCAAUACGCGACAUGUCGGCACCCUCCAGCUCCUUGCAGUGCUAAAGGGCAAGCUGUUUGAAAAGGAGCCAAACCUCAUGUUCGACUACUUCGGCAUGCACAAGCGGUCCAUGGAGCUCUUCCGCCUAAUCAAGGCAAAGGAGCACCAUAAAUUCGUCCAGUACUUCACCGAGCGGUACAUGCCGUCCGACGCCUUUUUGCCCAACCUCACCAUCCUUAUCCACUAUGUUGCGCGCGGCUCGGCCCAAUCCGGGAAGGCCAUGGGUCUUGGGAGCACCUCUGGCCGUGACACGUUUCAGGUUAGUCGCAUGGUGAUGAGCUGUGGGGAGGUAAUGGAGUCCUAUUUGAAGAAGAACGGCGAUGCGACGAUCAAGUACUUGAAGCUGUUCGCCAACAAUAAAAAGCAACUGCUGGCAAUAGUCGAAGAGCAUCAGGCCGCCGUCGCACCAGAUGCCGAGGAAGAGAAGUACUUUGCUUGGUUUUGCAUGGAUCAGUUUCUUGGGCCAAAGGAGAUGGACUCACUUAAGACAGGCAUUCCGUUGGCUUAA